AUGAAGCCCUCCGACCGGAUCUCCGUUGAGAACCAGAUCCACGUGAACCCCGAUGGUCCCCCGCCCGCAAAGCGACGGCGCGUCGAGCGAAAACCUCGUACUACCGAAUAUCUCGACCUUAGAGCCGCCUCUGAACAGAAUGAGAAAGACGAGAAACUGCUAGAGCAGUUAACUAGCGCAUUGCGCAAGAAGAAAAAGAUCGUGGUAAUUGCCGGUGCUGGAAUCUCUGUAUCAGCAGGAAUUCCCGACUUUCGAUCGUCAACGGGUCUAUUCGCUACGCUACCUAAAGAACAUGGCCUCAGGGGGUCUGGAAAGCACCUUUUCGACGCGUCUGUCUACAAGCACGACUCUACAACAUCGUCAUUUCACACAAUGGUUCGGGAUCUAUCGCAUCUUACGAAGAACGCGGAGCCCACCCCGUUUCACCAUUUAAUUGCGUCGCUUGCUAAAGAAGGUCGUCUGUUACGUCUCUACACACAAAAUGUCGACGGUCUCGAUACGUCCAUGCCGCCGCUCGCCACCACUGUGCCAUUGAAUACCAAGGGUCCGUGGCCGAAGACGAUUCAGCUUCAUGGUGGACUGGCUAAGAUGGUAUGCUCUAAAUGCUGCGAGAUAAGCGACUUCGACGGCUCGCUGUUUGAAGGUCCAGAAGCGCCGCUCUGCAAGGGAUGCGAAGAGACAGACAAUGUACGCACCUCUCAUGCCGGAAAGCGCAGUCAUGGGAUUGGAAGGUUACGGCCGCGAAUGGUGCUCUAUAACGAAUACAAUCCGGACGAGGAAUCGAUUGCCAAUGUCGUCCGAGCCGACAUUCGCUCUCGACCUGACGCUGUCAUUGUCGUCGGCACUAGCAUGAAAAUCCCUGGUGUGCGGAACAUGGUCAAAGAUAUGUGCCGGGUGGCGCGAGAACGAAAGGGUGGGAUGACCGCCUGGAUCAACUUGGAUCCGGAACCUACUGGUGCCGACCUAAAGAAUUGCUGGGACCUCGUUGUGCAAGGCAAAUGCGACGAUGUUGCCUCGUUGGUUCACCUACCCCGCUACGAUGAGACCAUUGACGAGGCCGUGGUAAUCGAUGAGAAGAAAUUCAAAGAAGACGUCCGCGGCGUUAAGCUUGAAGUAGAGAUUAGGAAAAAUGCGCCCACAGCCGGCACGUCAGUUAAAGGAGAAUCACGUGACAUAUCGCCUAUCGAAGCGAAAUCGCAGUCUAUCGAGAAUAUCCAGGGUAUGCCAACACCUUCCGCCAGCCCCAAAGUGCGAGCGGCUUUGCCUGUGGCAAAAUCCGCACCCAAGCAGAGCAAGCUCUCAUUCCCCGGCACGGUCUCAUCCACAACUACUUGCCCGCCGCCCAAGGAUACCAAGAAGACAACCAAGCGAAAGCCCAGACAGACCAAGAAAACAGAACCAAAGCCUCCCAAGGCUACUAUCAGUACUACUUUCAAGGCUACUAAGGCCUCAAGGGCGGUUUCUUCCAAAAUUCCUGCGAAGCGAGACUUAGAAUCAGGACCAGAACCAGAACCGACUGUCCCCUCUCCCCGAUCUGCUAUGCGUGACGAAUUCUCUCUACGACCUCGUAAUAAGCCUAUUGAACAGCCGACCGAGCCACUUCAGCCCAUUGAAAGAGUUCCCAGCACUCCCCCGCAACAGCCUGCACGCAAACUGCCCCCCGGCACAAUCUCCCCUACAUCUAAACCUCGGGGUUUCGCGUUACUCAUCGAUUAA